UUUGUUACUAUAAAUAACCUCACUCACUCUCCCACAACACAACGCAUAGUACCCCCUUCAUCACACUGUGAAACCAUGAUGAAGAAGGUAACAUUUGCAGCGUUGCUACUUGUGUGCCUUGUUCUCAGCUCCUCCUUGUUCCAACUCUCAAUGGCUCGUUCUGGUUUCUGUGACUCCAAGUGCGCAAAGAGGUGCGCAAAAGCUGGGAUGAAGGACAGGUGCAUGAGGUUCUGCGGGAUCUGCUGCAUCAAGUGCAAGUGUGUGCCAUCUGGGACUUAUGGGAACAAGCACGAGUGCCCUUGUUACAGGGACAUCAAGAAUUCCAAGGGCAAGCCAAAAUGCCCUUAAACUUUUCUUUUACCGUCACUGCUUCUGUGCAUGGACAAUGGACCCUUGCUAGAUCCUCAACUUUUCUUCCUUUCUUCUUGUUGUUGUUAUGUUUAUGUGUUAUAAACAGAGAGAAAAAUUAAAAAUUAAUUUGGUCACAUUAGUUCUAUGGAUAUGUAAUAAAAGUGAAUUCUCCUCGACGUUUUUUAUUUAAAUAAAAAUUAUUUUGAACCUGA